CCCGUGGUUGUUCAUCUAGUUGCAGGUUGUCGUCCACUUGACAGCUACCUAAAAUUACUCUUACUCUCAACACUAAAAGUAAUAAACAAAGGACAUCUCACAAUUGAUUCAUGAUUGUUGCUCGAAACAAUGGAGAAAAUCAGUGAUAAAUUUUUUUACGUCUACAGUUCAUCUUUGGAUGUGAAAAUCCAGAUAAAAAUUGGGACUCUAGAGGGCAAACGACAGAGACCAGAGUAUGAUAAACUCCUGCUGGAUCCAAUGAUAAAAUAUUCAGGUUUAUACGGUGGAGGAGGCAGCAAGGGGGACCUCUCAGCAUCCCUCCAGGUCUGGGGAGGAGGUAGAGCCCUUGCUUUACCUGUCCACACUUCCUAUAAGCAUUUUCCAACGAGAUGGAACUGGAACCAGUGGGUGACACUCCCAAUCUCGUACUCAGACCUGCCUCGAGACGCCCAGUUGACAAUAACGAUUUACGACUGUGCAGGUCCUGGUCGUCAGGUACCUGUCGGUGGCACGACAAUCUCCCUCUUCGGGAAGUACGGUGUAUUCCGCCAGGGAAUGCUGGAUCUCAGGGUGUGGCCUGGAGUCGAGGCUGAUGGAAACGUGCCCACCUCGACCCCAGGGAAGGCCAGGGAUUCUGGAAAAGAGCAAAUGCAGAGGCUUGCCAAGCUAGCCAAGAAAAGGAAAAAUGGUCAGAUAAGCAGAGUCGACUGGCUGGACAGGCUGACCUUUAGGGAGAUCGAAUUGAUAAGUGAGCGAGAGAAAAGAGCCUCGGAGUACCUCUAUCUCACCGUCGAGUUCCCAGAGGUAACGAUGGACGGUCAACCGUACUCAAUAGUCUACUACGAGAAGGAUGGGGACGAAGUUGUCCAGCACAGGUCCCAGCCAGACGUUGUCACGCUCCCAGACUACGAAAUCCUCCAGGAGAAUCUCGUCGAGGCAAAACACCAUAAAUUAGCUCGCAGUCUUCGCUCUGGAGGCAACACCAGGGAUGUCAAGCCGACUUCAACAGUUCGAGACGCCUUAAAUACCAUUGUUGGGUAUCCACCAACGACAGCUCUCUCCACUGAGGAGCAGGAUCUCAUCUGGAAGUUCAGGUUUCACCUCUCGAAUCAAAAGAAGGCCCUGACGAAGUUCGUCAAGUGUGUUAAUUGGAAAAUGCCAGGGGAGGAGAAGCAGGCCCUGGAGAUGCUGGCGUUGUGGACACCUCCAGACCCUGAAGAUGCCCUCGAGCUGCUGGGCCCUGCGUUCACACAUCCAGCUAUCAGGAGAUACGCCAUUGGGAGGCUCAAUCAGGCCCACGACGACGAUCUCAUGCUGUAUCUGCUGCAGCUAGUGCAAGCACUCAAGUAUGAGAACUUCGAGGGGAUCAAACUCGCCAGUCAGAGGAUCGCACGGGAUGCCGAGAGGGACAGAGAGGGGAGGAACGUCAGUGUCGAAUACACAUCCUCGGGGAUAUCGACCUCCAGUGAAUCAGAGGCUUACAUCUCCAGUCAGGAGCCACCCAUGGAUUUAUCAUCUUUUCUCAUCACUAGGGCGUGUAAAAAUUCUACACUAGCUAAUUAUUUUUACUGGUAUCUCUCCAUCGAGUGCGAGGGACAGCCAGAUCCUGCAAUCACUGUUAAACAGGACACUAAGGUCAGAGAGAUGUAUCUCACGGUCAUGAAGAUGUUCUCAACAGCAUUGGCACAGGGAAAUGCCGUCUGGCAGAAGAGGAGGGCCUUCCUGAAGAGACAGAAGACUUUUAUUGAGCAGCUGGUGGCUCUAGUAAAAAAUGUAGCACGAGAAAGUGCCAAUAGGAAGAAGAAGACAGACAGGCUGAAGGCACUUCUUGCUGAGCCUGAUCCUGCCUCUAAAUUCAAUUUCUCGAAUUUCGAACCCAUUCCCUUUCCUCUGGACCCGGAGAUAUCCAUCAAGGGAAUUAUUCCUGAGAAGGCUAGUCUCUUUAAAUCUGCUCUCAUGCCAUCAAAAUUGACAUUUCUGACGACUGAUGAUACCGAAUAUAUCGCCAUUUUUAAACAUGGGGAUGAUUUGAGGCAGGACCAGUUGAUCCUCCAGACCAUUGCUCUGAUGGAUAAACUUCUUAGGAGAGAGAAUUUAGAUUUAAAACUGACUCCCUACAGAGUCCUGGCGACUAGUACAAAACAUGGAUUCGUUCAGUUUAUCGAGUCAACGACCGUUGCAGAGGUGCUGGCCAGUGAGGGCUCCAUCCUGAAUUUUUUUAGAAAGCAUCAUCCUUCGGAAACGGGACCCUAUGGAGUGGCACCUGAAGUCAUGGACACUUAUGUUCGCAGCUGUGCGGGUUAUUGCAUCAUUACGUACGUCCUGGGGGUGGGGGAUCGACACCUCGAUAAUUUAUUACUGACAACGUCUGGAAAAUUAUUUCACAUUGACUUUGGGUACAUCCUGGGGAGGGAUCCCAAGCCUCUACCUCCGCCCAUGAAACUCAGCAAGGAAAUGGUGGAGGCCAUGGGGGGUGUCGGAUCAGAGCACUAUCACGAGUUCAAAAAACAAUGCUAUACUGCCUUCCUCCAUCUUCGGAGAAAUGCAAAUCUCAUGUUGAAUUUGUUCUCACUCAUGGUCGACGCAAGUGUCCCUGACAUCGCUCUGGAGCCAGAUAAGGCGGUGAAAAAGGUCCAGGAUAAAUUGCGACUGGAUCUGAGUGAUGAAGAAGCUGUCCAUUAUGUUCAUAAUCUGCUGGAUCUCUCGGUAACUGCUGUCAUGGCUGUUCUCGUUGAGCAACUCCACAAAUUUGCACAAUAUUGGAGGAAAUAAAUAGUCAUCGACCCUGACAAAUUGGAACUUUUGAUUGUAUUCGAGAAAAUAAUGAGAAAAAUCAAAAGACCUCUUUUGUCUACUAUAAUUAAGGGAGGGAGGUAAAACGGAAUAUCUUCAAUCGUUGAUAUCCUCGGGUUGACAAUCAAUCAGGGAAUAUUGAGGAUUGAAUUUAUUUCAUUUCACCUCACCUUCCUACAGCAUAACUCAUCAACAAGACUGUGUUCCAUAGGACUUAUGAAUAAUGCCUGCAAUAUAUUUUGGGACUUUUUAUUCCGAUAUUAAAAUAUUUAAUCCUAAUAUGAAAACACUCGAAUUUAUUCCACGUCUCCACAAUUAUUAAUUAGUCAUUUAUUCAUUCGUUUAUUUAUACGUAUAAAAACAAUGGUGAAUCACCCCUCGUAUCACCAGAAAUCCCAAUUGUUGAAUUUUUAAUUGAGAAGAAAUUCUCGUGCUGAAGGGCAGACUAUUAUUUUACAAGCUACUAUUUACGUAAAUAUUUGUGUAUUUAUUUUUUUUUAUCUUCAAUAUUCACUUCUUAGUUACAUUUAAUUUGUUGUUUUUUUUUCGUUUCAAU